AUGUCGAGCACAGGGUCAGCACUCCCUAGGGACGUCUCAGGCCACUCUGAAUCUGCUACCUCUGCUCACGAAACGUCUCAAGAGGCAGACUCGGAUGUUGAUAUCCCUGAUGACCAGUUGGCAUUACCUAGCAAUAUACGUGAUCUACGCGCCUUGGCAGCGGAGAGACGACGUCGAUUUCUGGAUAGCAUGCAGGCGUCACAUUCAACACAAGAAUCUGCACCCGCACCAGCAGAACAGGCCCCUGAAGAGGAGGCUCAAGACACUCUUACCCCUUCUACAGAAGAGACACAAGAUCAAACCGCUCAACCUUCUCCACGGCCCCUACCUCCUCUUUCUACGGCUGUCCCACUUCCAUCGCUCUCUCAACCUCGCCGAUCGCUCCCUCAGCCUGACUUCUCCACCUUUCGCGGGACUGCUACGCCGACAGGUGCCAUCCCCCGUUCUGCCUCUCUGACGUGGGAUAUUCACAGACACCAAACACCCACCGAGGCACCAACAUCUACUACACCGGAUAGCGCCCCAGCUGAGGUGGAGAAUCGCUCACCAACGCCACCAACCGAAGCUACUCCAGUCGAGCCCGUGCCACAGGGCCCUGCUACAGAGAAUCCGGCGGUGACCACGCCGGACACAGCGCAGCCGGGAGAGCAAGAGGAGGCACAGGACACUGCUGAUCAAGUGCCGGACAUGCCGCAACGUGAUACACGUCGUCGAUCCACUAACCGGGCGCGUCGGCGGAGUGCCAAUAGCACACUGCUUGCUGCCUUGAGCACCCAAACAGGCACAGGUCCUGGCGUGCUUCUUCCGAGUUUGUACGGCUAUUUUACUGAUGAGCCUGCGCCCUCAUACUUGCGCUCGACAGGCUCCAUGCACCGCCACGGAGCAGGCCCGGAAGGCGAGACACGAGGGCGGGUUCAUCCUAUGGUGGCCGAGCGUAUUAUGGCUAGUGGCCCUAGCGUCUCAAACCUGCAUCCAUCUACGAGUCGCGUUACUAUGUCGCCUGGCGUAGAGCGGCGCGUAGAAGUCGCCAAGCUUCGUAAUGUGCAUGUGCAGCCGGGCUCGGUGAUCUUCCCAGCAGGUACCAUGUCGGAUUUGGUGUCUAGUGAGUCAAAUGAAGUGCAGUACUCGCGCAAGUUUGAGGAGAAUAGUAUUCUUUCCUUUUCAUGGAUGCUGGAUGACGUGGUACAUUUGCAGGAAGAGAUUGACCAUGGCUCCAAAGCAGACUCGGGUGGCGGCAAGAGUGAUGUGUGGAACCUGCAGCCGCUCUUUGGACAUGAGCAGUGGCGUGUGGAAUUCACCCGGAAAAGCGUCCGGGAUCCUACUCUCUCGCCCUCCCUCCAGCGACGCGGGGGUCGCGCUCUGAAGAAACACGCGCUAGCAUUGCACCUUUCUUACCUGGGCCUGACUGGUCUGCCAUUCAAAGGCGAGCUGCCUACGAGCAUCAUGCUAGGUAUCCGACCUGCUGUGCGUGGCGAGCAUCCGCUUCGUGAAAAGCAUUCUGACUUUUUGUGGCGCGAGUUUUUCUCGUUCACGUUUCAGCAGGACGAGGAUACACUGACGUAUGACAAUUUCCCGAACCUUGCUACGCUCCUAUCCACAUCGCCCAUCUCUGAUACCCAUGCACUGGACUUUGUUGUACAGAUAGCUACGGGGCCAUCUGUCUUGCCGGAACGCGAUGUGCGUGGUAGUCAUACAGAUGCAGGGAUGCGUCUUCCAUUUUAUACGUCGGAAUCUGUGGCCGUGCCUCGCGGCUUGCUCACAGCCCUAGGAUCGCUGGUCGAUGAUGCGAGCACAGGCGAUAUUAUGAUUUCUGUGCGGGAAAAGGGGUUUGAGCAAGCGCCUACCGACGAACUGGCGGUAACGGCUGGCUUAAAAACGUUUGUGCAGCCAUGGCCCACAGGCACAGCGUUGCCCCUACAAGUGCAGAGUACACGCCCUCUGAUCUAUGUCCGCGACCGAGUGCUUUGGGCUCAUACGCCGGUCCUGCGGGAGCGUAGCGAGUUUUUCGCGACGAUGAUUGACUCUCACUUCACUGAAGGCGUGCUGCAUGAAACGCCACUCCAUGGUGCGUCAGGCCGAUCGCGUGAUCCAUGGCGUCGGCCGUAUCGUAUGUUGCGUAUUCCUGGUGCCGACUUCGUGACCAUGUACUGGUUUUUGCACUACCUAUAUACGGGCCAUGUGGAAUUCAUGCAUGACGAAGAUAUUCAGGCGGUGACGCUGGAUGACCAUUGGAUUUUGGACCCCGCUUCGCCCUCAGCUCGUCCUGACUGGAAGUGGCGCCCUGUGGAAGAGUGGCAGGAAUGGGACGAUAAUUCUUUCCUUCCCGUUACACAUGCGGCCGACCCUCUUCUCUCAGAAGGCUACGUCCAACGCGCUGAACCUCCUGCCGAAGCAUCUCAGCGUUCGCCGGACAAGGGCCAUGCUGUGGGUGAUCCACACAUGCACCCCCCUAUGCUCCCUGUCCCACCGGCUUCUGCCCUAUCGAUGUACCGCCUAGCACAUCGGUACCAUGUACCCUCGCUGUGUGACCUCGCUAUGACUCAUGUUGUAGCGCACCUUACACCUGAGAACGCGACCAAUUAUCUGCUGUGCACUGCGCUGUUCGAACAACUUCAGCAAUCCAUCCGAAACUACAUCUUCCAACAUUGGCAGGCUGUGUCAAGCAGCCCGCAGUUUGAGCACUGUUGUGACCAGGUAUCUACCGGCGAGUGGGGUCCCUUGGCGGGACGUGCCCUCGCCUCGCUCAUGCGGCAGCUUCGACAUACCAGUGCGGCCACGGCAUCGACAGACGCGCCAUAG